AUGCCCCAGUCGCGUCGCAAUUCGGAGUCUUUCCAGACUAUUGAUACCGCCUCUAUCGGCAAGCCCGCCGAGAAGCCCGUGCGCAAGCACAAGCGUUCGGCGACAGGCUAUAUCCCUGCUACCGAGGGCGGCAAGGAAGUAUGGCCCCGCGGUGAUGAGAAGGUUUGGAAGGCUGGUAUUCGUGGUGUUAGUACGACCAAGGAGGAAAUCGCCAACCGCAUCGUGAACCACGUUCAGACCACGAUUGCUCGUCAGGCAUACAACCUCGAUGAUCAAGGUGCAUAUCAGGCGGUUGCGUAUGCUACUCGCGAUGAACUCAUUGUCAACUGGAACGAUACCCAAAUGAACUACACCCGCAAGGCUCCCAAGCGUGCCUACUACCUCUCCCUUGAAUGGCUCAUGGGUCGUACCCUGGACAAUGCGCUCCUCAACCUGGGAUUAAAGGAUAAGUACCGCGAUGCGACCAACAAGCUUGGAUUCAACCUUGAAGAUCUCCUCGAGCACGAACGCGAUGCCGGCCUCGGGAAUGGUGGCCUUGGUCGUUUGGCUGCAUGCUAUGUAGAUUCAUCGGCUUCCCAGGAACUUCCAUUCUGGGGUUACGGUCUUCGUUAUCACUAUGGUAUCUUCCAACAACUGAUCGCUGCUGACGGCUCUCAGCUCGAGGCUCCCGAUCCAUGGCUCAACAAGGCUAACCCAUGGGAGAUUGCUCGAUAUGACGUUACCAUCGAUGUCCGCUUCUAUGGUCAGGCAGAACGUGUGCCCAAGUCCCGCCGCGCGAUCUGGAGCGGAGGUCAGGAAGUUGUCGCCGUCGCUUACGACGUUCCCAUUCCUGGAUAUGCGACCAAGAACACCAACAAUUUGCGUCUCUGGGAUGCCCGUGGAAAGUCUGGCUUCGAUCUUCAGUCUUUCAACGCUGGUGACUACGAGAAGUCCGUCGAAUCCUCUAACAGCGCCGAGAACAUCACUCGUGUAUUGUACCCGAAUGACAACCACAUGGUUGGUAAGGAGCUACGUCUCAAGCAACAGUACUUCUGGUGUGCUGCCUCUCUCUCCGAUAUCAUGCGCCGUUUCAAGAACCUUGAUAAGCCAAUCACCGAGUUCCCGGAUUUCGUUGCCAUCCAGCUCAACGAUACCCACCCUACCCUUGCCAUCCCUGAACUCAUGCGUAUCCUCGUCGACGAGGAAGAAGUCGAGUGGGAACAAGCCUGGGAUAUCACCAGUAAGACGUUUGGCUACACCAACCACACUGUCUUGCCCGAAGCUCUUGAGAAAUGGGCCGUCCCCUUGUUGCAGCACUUGCUCCCCCGUCACAUGCAAAUCAUUUUUGACCUCAACUUUGACUUCCUUAAGAAGGUGGAGAAGAAGUUCCCCGGUGAGCGUGAGAAGAUUGAGAGGCUGUCUCUCAUCCAAGAGGGCUACCCACAAUACGUCCGCAUGGCCAACUUGGCCGUCAUCGGCUCAAGGAAGGUCAACGGUGUCGCUGAACUCCACUCUGAGCUCGUCCGUACCACCAUCUUGAAAGACUUUGUUGAUUACUAUGGUGCUGAUAAGGCAAGUUUUUAUUUCCUCUUUUAUUUUGGUAACGUUACCAACGGCAUCACUCCUCGUCGCUGGCUUGAUCAAUGCAACCCGGCUCUCAGCAAUCUCAUCACCGAGACCCUCGGCGGAGACAAGUCGUCCUGGCUUAAGGAUCUCUACAAACUGAAGGGUCUGCUCAAGCAUGUCGAUGACGCGGCCUUCCAGGCCAAAUGGUCCGCGGCCAAGCAGAAGAACAAGGAGCGUCUUGCACACUAUGCUCGUGAGACUCUUGGCGUCGAAGUUGAUACCAAGAGCUUGUUCGAUGUUCAGAUCAAGCGUAUCCACGAGUACAAGCGUCAGACCUUGAACAUCUUUGGUGUCGUCUACCGUUACUUGACUUUCAAGGCUAUGACUCCUGAGGAGCGUAAGAAGCAGCAGCCCAGGACCCAUAUCUUCGGUGGAAAGGCUGCCCCAGGUUACUAUAUGGCUAAGCUCACCAUCCGCCUGAUCGUCAACGUGGCCAAGAUUGUCAAUAAUGAUCCUGACGUCAAUGGAUUGAUGACCGUCAUUUUCUGCCCUGAUUACAGUGUUUCGCUCGCCGAGAUUUUGAUUCCUGCCGCGGAUAUUUCCGAGCACAUCUCGACCGCUGGUACUGAGGCGGCUGGUACUUCCAAUAUGAAGUUCUGCUUGAACGGUGCCUUGUUGCUCGGUACUGUUGACGGUGCGAACAUCGAGAUUGCCGAGGAGGCUGGCGAGGAGAAAUUCUUCUUUGGUCAUUUGACUCCUGCUGUUGAGGACCUCCGCUACCAACACGCUUACCACCCUGUCCCAGUCGAGGAGAAGUCCCCCGCGUUGGCUUCCGUCCUCACCGAGAUCUCCACAGGCCGCUUUGGUGACGGCUCUGUCUACGAGCCUCUGUUGAACACCAUCCGCCAGAGCGAUUACUACCUCAUCACUGAGGACUUUGAUUCCUACGUCAACUGUCAAGCCCUCGUCGACCAGGCGUACAAAGACAAGGCAUCUUGGACCAAGAAGUCGAUCACAACCGUUGCCAACAUGGGCAAGUUUAGCUCUGAUCGUUGCAUCCUCGACUACGCCGAGAGCUACUGGAAUGUCGAAGCCGUCAAGUGCACUUGA